AUGGACAGCCAUAAAAAAGAUGCGAGAUCUCAAGGCCAUCGUAGUCUAGAAGAUGGAACGAUUUCGAAUAGGAGUGAAAGUGUUUACGUGCCACCAUAUAGGUCGGCUCGAAUGCGAAACGAGGUCCAAGAAAAAAACAGUGUCGAAUAUCAGAAGCUGACAUGGGAUGCUCUACGUAAGAGUAUUAAUGGUCUUUUAAACAAGAUGGCAUCGCCAGCUUUCACGAAUGUUUUUGCUGCUAUGGUUGCUCUUGUCAAUACCAAGUUCCCUGACGUGGGUCAUCUGUUGUUGAGAAGGGUAGUUUUGCAGUUCAAGCGAGGGUAUAAACUGAAUGACAAGCCGGUGUUGCUGGCUGCUGUUAAGUUUUUAGCACAUCUAGUGAACCAGCAAGUGGCUCAUGAAAUUGUUGCUUUAGAACUUCUCGCUGUUUUGUUGAAGAAUCCGACUGCUAAUAGUGUUGAGGUAGCUUUGGGUUUUGUUACGGAGUGCGGAUCGAUGCUUCAGGACUUGUCGCCAAAAGGCCUGGAUGCAGCUUUCGAGCGAUUCCGUGGAAUUCUUCAUGAAGGAGAGAUUAAUAAGCGGGUCCAGUUUUUGAUUGAAGGCCUUUUUGCUUUACGAAAAGCCAGAUUUCAGGGAUAUCCUGCUGUUCGUCCAGAACUAGACCUCAUAGAGCAGGAAGAUCAAUUUACCAAUGAGAUCUCUCUCCGAGAGGAGAUCGAUGCAGAGAUCACUUCUGAUAUGUUCAAACCAGAUCCUCAUUUUGUAGAAAAUGAGAGGCGUUAUGAAUUAUUAAAGAAAAGCAUUCUAGGGGAGGAGGAAGUUGUUUCUGAUACAGUUUUUGAUGAUCAUGAGAAGGAUUAUGAGGAGGAACCUGAGGACGACAAAGAACGAAAGUUGAAAGUAGAAGACAAGACAGAGACUGAUCUAGUAAAUCUUCGGAAGGAAAAUUUUGAAAAGUGUUUUGUUCAACAGUAUUCAAUGAUUCAUCGGCUUGGGACAAAAAAUCUGCACAAUGUGGCAAAUUUUUUUGCACAUUUACUUAGCAAAGAUGCACUGCCUUGGCAUGUCUUAGCCUAUAUACGGUUAACUUUGGAGGACACCAUUUCUUCUUCUCGUAUAUUUAUUAAGUUUCUCUUCCAAGAAUUGGAACAGCACCUUGGCCUUCGCAAGCUGAAUGAGCGUCUCAAUGAUCCCUCUUUGCAAGAUUCACUUGAAUCCGUUUUCCCUAAAGACGAAAUGAAAAAAACACGGUUUUCCAUCAACUUCUUCACGGCCAUUGGUCUUGGUGGCAUUACACAAACUCCACGCAAGUGUUUGAAUAUAAUGGAGCAGCAAAAACGUUUCUCAGAAUUCGAAUCUGAAUCAGAUGACAAAUCUAUCAGUAGAGCUGCUUCGUCAGAUUCUGACUUUGAUAGUUCCAAAUUGGAGUUAGAUUCAUUAAAAGCUGACAGAAAGGCAGCAAGCAAAGAGACAGGAAAAUUUAGGCUUCAGCUUGUGGCCAUUUCAUCUAUCACCAUCUCUUCUGACAACAAAUGCCAGAGCUUUGAAAUGGACUGGAUAUUCUUGGAAGCACACUACCUACAAUUGUACAUUCAUCUACUUAUCAAGGUUGAUGAUUCUGAUUCUGAUAAUUGGACAGACAUGCAUCAUAAACAUGUGAAUCGGGGUCCUAAUCUUUCACAUAGAUCCUCUGGGAUUAAUAUUUUGGAUCAGUAA